GGCGCGGGCGGCUGAGGUGCUCAGAGUUGUGCAGGCCCAGCAUGAGGUGCGCUGGCCCAGUUGCAGUGGUGGCCUUUUGUGCCGGGCUCUUGGUCUCUAACCCGGUGCCCGCGCUGAGCCAGGAGGCCGGGGGGCAGCCGGGGGGAGACUGCGAAGUAUGUAAAGAAUUCUUGAACCGAUUCUACAGCUCCUUAAUAGACAGAGGAGUUAACUUUUCACUGGACACCAUAGAGAAAGAAUUGAUCAGCUUUUGCUUGGAUGCCAAAGGAAAAGAAAACCGCCUGUGCUAUUAUCUAGGAGCCACAAAGGACGCAGCCACGAAAAUCCUAAGUGAGGUCACACGCCCAAUGAGUGUGCAUAUGCCUGCCGUGAAGAUCUGUGAGAAGCUGAAGAAGAUGGACAGCCAGAUCUGUGAGCUGAAAUAUGAGAAGAGAUUGGACUUGGCAGCAGUCGACCUGCGGAAGAUGAGAGUGGCAGAGCUGAAGCAGAUCCUCAGUCGCUGGGGGGAAGAGUGCAGAGCCUGUGCAGAGAAAACCGACUACGUGGAUCUGAUCAGAGAACUGGCCCCCAAGCACAUGGCCACGCACCCCAAAACGGAACUCUGACCUGGAACUGGGCACUCGAGGACUUGUGAUUAGAGGAAAGAAAUGUCUAGGAAACCAACAUGUUCAGUAAUGACAGCCAGGAACUGCGCUGUAUUUGGUCUCAUGCUUUUUAUGUCAGUAUUAUACCUCGGAAUUUUGUUACUUCGCACGUUUAUGAGUAAAACUACUAAUAGUACUGAUACCUUACAUUGGCAGCACUCCAAACCCUACAAGUACCUUUCUCCUGCUUUUC